AUGCUAGUGUUUAAAACACUCCUACUUUUGAUUUGUCUCUUAAUUAAGACUCAAGCCAAUUAUAUCAACAAUUUAAUUGUUAAAACUUUCGAUUUCAUUGAAAUUUUAAAUGUUCCGGUGAAAAUAAGUGCCCACAUUUGCUGGACCAGAGCAAACACAAGCUAUUUUAUGAAAAGUAUCUCUGAUAAAUAUAGCACAAAUUUAAUAAAAACUGUCUCUCGUCAGUACGUCACUCCGGAACACCAAUUAUUUAUUGUUGAUUUGGAAUGCAACGAUUCUGUAUCAUUGUUACAAGAAGCUGAAAAAUUAAAACUUUUUAAAAGUCCUUUCAAAUGGUUAUUGUUUGGAAAUCCCGAAAAUCUACCAAACUUGUAUUUUGGUACCGACAGUCACAUUUUUGUAACUGAACCAAAAUCGCAAUUAAACGACAUUAAAACGAUUUAUAAAAACUCACCUACGGUUCCACAAUUUGUGCAACAUUCUUUCAAUCAAUUUUACACCAGCACAAAACGUAGAAAUUUGAUGGGAACCACGAUAAAAAUCUCGUAUGUUAUCACAAACUUGGAUUCCUUGAACCACUUGUGGGACUACAGAAAUAGUCACAUUGAUGCCAUAAGCAAACUAAAUUACAUUAUUGUCCACAAUUUAAUGGACUAUUUGAACGCUAGUCGCCACUUCGCCAUGCAGCCCACUUGGGGCUACAAAAACUCCACCACCGGAUUUUACUCCGGAAUGGUCGGGGAUUUGCAAAGAGGUUUGGCCGAUUUAGGGGGAACUCCCUUAUUUUUCACCCAGGAUCGCAUUGAUAUCAUCGAUUACGUCGUAUCCACGACCCCAACAUACAUAAAAUUUAUUUUCCGGGCCCCGCCAUUAUCCUACGUUACCAAUGUUUUCACCCUUCCUUUUGACACCGCUGUUUGGCAUUAUUGUUUCGUAAUGGUGGCAAUUGUGGUUGUUUGCAUCUACAUUAUAGUCGUUUGGGAGUGGAAAGAAACGAAAUUUGAGGAAAAAAACACUCCCAGCCAUGUUGACACUCUCAGACCCAACAUUUUYGAUGUCGUUAUGUUCGAAAUUGGAGCUAUAACCCAACAAGGSUCAAAYGCGGAACCUAAGAGUAAUUCCGGGAGGAUUAUAACAAUUUUCUCGUUUCUGACUUUGAUGUUUCUGUAUACUUCGUACUCGGCGAAUAUUGUGGCCCUUUUGCAGUCCACUAGUGACAGUAUCAGAAAUUUAGAAGACUUGUUGAAUUCUAGGAUUAAACUCGGAGUCGAGGAUAUCGUCUACGCACAUUAUUAUUUCGAAAACGCCCAAGAACCGGUCAAAAAAGCCAUCUACCAGCAAAAAGUGGCCCCCAAGGGCCAAAAACCCAAUUUCAUGACCGCAGAAGAAGGCAUUCGAAAAGUUCAAGAAGGCUUUUUCGCAUUUCAUGUCGAACUCAGUACCGGUUAUAAAAUAAUAAGUGAGAUGUUUCAAGAGGGUGAGAAAUGUGGUUUGAAAGAAAUCGGGUAUGUAAACUUGAUUGAACCUUCGCUUGCUAUGCAAAAGAAAUCGCCUUAUAAAGAAGUGAUGAAAGUUGGAAUAAGAAAAAUGCACGAAACUGGCAUUCAGAAUCGAGAACUUCGCAAAAUUUACACGCAGAAGCCCCAAUGUCACUCGAGAGGCAGCAAUUUCGGGAGUGUUGGCCUGAUUGAUUGUUACUCGGCUUUUUUAACUUUCGGAGUGGGAAUUGCACUUGCUUUGCUUUUAUUUGUGAUGGAAUUAAUUCUCAGAAGGUAUUUCAUAAGAAGGGAAAACUUAAAAAAUACUAUUUCAAUUAUUAAUUAAUUAUUUGUAUAUGUGACCAACAAUAUAUCAUCACUUUGGUGGUUGCAUAAGUCUUAAUUAAUUGUUUAAAAUUUAAUCAUGUUAAAUGCAAACACACUCGUCACCUGAGCAUGACCCCCUCCUGUAACCAUCUAAUUUGCAGUUUCUGUAGCAAAGGGCCGGAUUGCAGAAAAAUCCUCUUUCCACACGUCUAACUUCCAUUUCUUCGCCUGUCAAAAAAAUUAUUAUUUGUUGUUUUUUAAUGAAAAUUUAACUCACCAGAAACUGCAACUGUAGAAAUGAUAAACAAAACAAAAACUAUAGCAAAAAUAGAGCUUAAUUUCAUCAUUUUGUUGGUGUUUCUCUUGUAACUUUCUUGAGAAAACUAUGGCUUUAAAUGGU